UUUAGAAAGCUGAAAUCGUUCCAAUCUGGCAACCUGCCUUCCCCGGGGUGCCGCUCCUCCAUCCUGGCACUUACCUUCAUCCUGGUAACUCGCAAGUCCCCGGACCAAAAACAGGAACAGCGGCGGGAUGAGUUCUGCCGCAGAGGACGAGGACGCCGCCGCACUGCAGAGCGUCAAGUCGGUCACGCUCACCCGGGACAGCGAUGGAAGCAUCCUGCUGCACUGUCCGCCCAGCGACGAAGACCCAGAGCCGCUCCAGAAGAAGCUGCGACUGUCCGCCGACGAACACUCGGACUCCUCCCAGUUCUCCCUCGUCACUUUGCCCGUGUCACAAAACCACGAGAACUUCGAGGUGACGAUGAUGGCCACGGCGGACGGCGAGCUGUCUGAAGACACCGUCACUCAGAUUGAGAUCCUGCAGGAGGAGGAGGCGUCCGAGUCCUCGAAGCAGAAGACGGAGGUUUCUCCGGUCAGUCAGGCCUGGUUCACCACCAAAGAGGACAAAGACACUCUGGUCAACAAAGGUCACAAGUGGAAGCAGGGCAUGUGGUCCAAAGAGGAGAUCGACCUUCUGAUGAGCAACAUCGACCGAUACGUGAAGGGCCGCGGCAUCCAGGACCCGUCAGAGAUCAUCUUCGAGAUGUCCAAAGAGGAGAGGAAGGACUUCUACCGCUCGGUGGCGCUCGGCCUGAACCGGCCGCUGUUCGCCGUCUACAGGCGAGUCUUACGGAUGUACGACAACCGCAACCACGUGGGCAAGUACACUCCGGAGGAGAUCGAGCGGCUGAAAGCGUUGAGGGAGAAACACGGGAACGACUGGGCGACCAUCGGAGCGUCACUGGGCCGCAGCGCCUCCUCCGUCAAAGACCGCUGCCGGCUGAUGAAGGACACCUGUAACACAGGGAAGUGGAGCGAGGACGAGGAGCGGCGGCUCGCCGAGGUGGUGUAUGAGAUGGCAGGCGUGUCACCGGGGUCGGCGGUCACUGGAGGCGUGUCCUGGGCGACGGUCGCCGAUCGCGUUCGCACGCGCUCAGAGAAGCAGUGUCGCUCCAAGUGGCUGAACUACCUGAACUGGAAACACAGCGGAGGGGCGGAGUGGACGAAGGAGGACGACCUGAACCUCAUCCGGCGGAUUUCGGCGCUCAGAGUUCAGGACGAGAACGACAUCAAGUGGGACGAUCUGGCGUGGGGGUGGAGCAGCGUCCGCUCGCCGCAGUGGCUUCGCUCCAAGUGGUGGAGCAUCAAGAGACAAGUGGCCAACCACAAGGAGAUCCCGUUCAGCGUCCUCCUGAAAGGCCUGGAGGAGCUGAUGACAUCAUCACAGACCGCCGCCGUCCCAGGAAGCCCCUCCUCCUCGUCCUCCUCCCUCCAGAUUCAACUCACCCGAUUGGACGACAGCAACAGCAGCCCCGCCCCCAGCUCGGUGGCGGCGCUGCAGAUCCCCGUUCAGAUCCCGCUGCAGAUCACACACCUGGCUUCGGACUCCGCGGCGUCCGGCGAAGGCGACACCAUCACCCUGAACACCGGCACGUUGCAGGCCUUUGAGAUCCUGCCGUCCUUCCACCUGCAGCCCACCGGCACCCCGGGAACCUACUACCUCCAGACCACGUCCAACCAGAGCCUUCCCCUCAGUCUAGCCAACAGCGGCACAGUUACCCUGACGACAGGCUCCUCCCCUUCAUCAGAACACAUCAUCCUGCACAGCCUGUCGACGGACGGCCUCUGCUCCGGCGACGGCGUCAUCAUUCAGACCGUGUCCUCUGACCCCGCCCCCUCAGACCCCCUCGGCCAGACCCAGCUCAUCGUGGAGACGGACGGGCAGAGCAAGGAGGACCCCCUGGGCACGGCGAGUCUGCUGGAGGGUUCGGAGACGGUCGUCACGGAAACCCAGGAGUUGGUGACGGAGCGUUUCCCUGAGAAGGGGCUGAGCCCUCCCUCUGUGGAGGCUCCAGAGGUGCAUUCUGGGAUACCUCCCAGCAGCUCCGUGCUCAUCGUGUCCCCUCCCAACAUCAGCAGCACGCUGACAGAUCCCAUCCUGGAGAACCAGGAGGGUUCAGACUGAGCUGGACAGCGCCCCCUGCUGCUCACAAAACGAGGUGAACUGUGAAACUCCUCUCCGUCUCGGAUGGACGAGAAAACCACGGAAACUUCCUGGAUAAAAUGUGAACCGAUCCGUCUUCCUUCACCUGCCGUCCAACAGGAAAUGACGGAAAAAAAGAAACUUUUAACUUAAAACCAAUAAUGAAAUUAUUUUUUCUGACGACGCAAUUUUUUUCUAAACUGUUACGUUCCAAAGAAUUCUAGUUUUUAUGCCUUUGUAAAAGAAUAAAAUUCUAAUUUUUA